AUGAGUCCUACCAAAGUCGCUCUCGUCACCGGGGGUACCCGCGGGAUCGGCUUCGGGAUCGCCGCUGAGCUGGCCCGAGCAGGGCACGACCUCGUCCUGGGGUACCGGGAGAACCAUCAGCGGGCCGAGGCCGCUAAGGCAGAGCUUGAAGAGACCCACAAGGCGCGUGUGUUCCUUAUAGCAGGCGGGACAGAGGAAGAGGCUACGGCCGACGCCUUCUUCGCGUGCGUCGAUACGAACUUUGGCGGCAGGCUCACCGCGCUGGUCCACAACGCCGGCGGGCACUACCGCAGCGGACCCCCGCCAGGCAAGCCGGACGCGACCGGUAGCUGGUUCGCGGGCUGGGACGCCUACGAGUACUACCACAACAUCUACGCCAAGUGUUUCCUCCGCCUGCCGUACUUCACCCCGGGUACGGCCAAGGCCAGUAUGGAGUACAUGGUGAGGCACUACGCCAAGCAGCUGGCGCCCAGACGCAUCACCUGUAACACCGUCAUACCGGGAAUGGUCGACACGGAGGCGUGGGCACCGGUGAAGGCGAGGAUCGGGAAGGAGGGGGUAGCGGACAUGGUGGGCAGGCUCUGCGGGAUGGGGCGCUGGGGUACCCCGAGGGACGUCGGCGGCGUGGUCGCCUUCCUCUGCUCGGAGCGGGCGGGCUUCGUCACGGGCGCGGCCAUUCCCGUGGACGGAGGGUUCCAUCUCAAGUAG